UACUUCCAUUUUAGCUGUAGCACCCUAAGAUUUGACUCUCUCUUAACUUCCUCAUCAUCCAUCCACUCAUGGACAAGUCUCAACCAAAAUCUUUCAUGACCAAGACAAAAGACGGAGUCCGAGACCGAGUUUUGGAGAAAGCGGAGAGAGUUCGAGCUCCUCAAAAAGUUGUUCAUGUGAAAGAAAACACCAAGAAGCCACAAGAUUUCAAGUUGCAUACCCAAGAAAGAGCAGUGAAACGAGCAAUGUUUAACUACUCGAUAGCAACCAAGUUAUAUGUAAUGGAGCUACAAAAGAAAGUGGAAGAAAAGUUGCACAAGAUGAUAGAAGAAGAAGAGGUUCGUUUGAUGAGAAAGGAGAUGAUUCCAAGAGCUCAACUCAUGCCCUACUUUGAUAGACCCUACUUUCCACAAAGAUCGAACCGACCAUUGACGAUCCCGAGAGAGCCGAGUUUCUUGAUGAACAAGGAGCAAUGGAACUGUAACACUGAUAGUGAACUUUACAGUUUUCAGAGACAAGCUUUGAAACCAAUCAAAUAAAACCAACUAUAUAUUGUAUAGAUUUUGGGUUUGAAUUAAAUCAUGUGUUUUUCUUAUUCUAUUUGAUGUGUCUCAUCUUGUACAAUUUAGUCAUAGAAUGAGAGAAAAGAGAGAGUGAUGUUUUUGAGGUAGAAAAGCAUUGUUGCUUCCUGACUUUGUUCUUUCAAA